GAAGAAAGCAGCCCAAACAGAGCUGGAACCCAGAUACUAAAGUGGGGAAGACCAGCUUUGAUGAUCUGUUCGAUGGAAGUUCAGAGGAGAUGAAAAAUAUACCAAAGAAAAGAGAGGUGGUAACAGAUGCAAAGCAUACCUGGGCCACAGUAGGGCUAGGGGGUGAUGAGGACAGCUUUACAAGUGGCAUAUAUAGAGGGCCAAAAACUCUCCUCAAUGAGGAUGAUCCUUUGGCAGGGGAACUAAUGAACAGCAAAACUGAAGGCAGCGAUAAAACAGACGAGGGUCUUGUCAGUUCUGGUCAUGUAAGGGGUAGAAGAGUUGAUGCCAAAAAACACAGAAAAGAACUAGAGAAGUUAGUACAGAAAUCUGCCCCUAUGUCUAAUGACUCUGGAUAUGAAGAAUGUGGAGAAGGUUUGGAGGAGGAGGAUGAGGCAUUAGAGUUACUGGAGGAUGCUGAUGACUUGCUGAAUGAAGGUGUGACAAAAAUUCCAAAGUCUGGCUAUAAGCUCAGUCGAAUAUUACGACAAAGACAAGAAGAUGCAAACAUCAAGCUUAAUAUCAAUCUCUAUGCGGGUGAACAACCAGCAGACAGCUACAUAGGGGAAGGAUUGUACAAAUCCUCAAAGAUAGAUGAUCUGUUUGAAUCUGAUGAGGAAAGACCUGCUACUGGUAUGUCUGGAUUCAGGUCAUCACCAGGUGACAGUGAUGAGGAAUUCGAAAGUGUCUCUCAGGUGACUGGUCCUAGAAGACCAGUGUGGAAUGUUGGAGAAGAUUCUGAUGGUGAUUCAUUUUAUCCCCGCAAUUCCAAGACGUCCCCAGGAGUUUCCGGCUACAGGAAACAGAAUGCAUCAUUAUCAGAAAGGAGCCUGAACCAGACAGCCCCCGUAAGAUUUGAACCUUCACCUCGACAGUCAUUUGACAGUAACCGUAAAGGUGUCUCCAGUAAAACAUGGACUCCCGCCUCCCAAGCCAUGCAAUCUGUGGAGUCUGUAAGAUCCACAAGUGGAGGAUGGCAAAUUCCACGAUACGAUUCAGAAACAGAACUCUCCGAGUUUGGAGACCAGUCUGCAAGAAAUCGACCACCAAGAGCUUAUUGAUUUUCGGGUCACGUCAGUGAUGUCACACACCAAUACAUGACAGUACUCAGACAUUUAUAUUUACUUGUACGUUAUUCUCCAGUUG